GUUGUCCGUAUCCAAGCAACAUUUCAACAUCUGACACUGCUUGGUGGUCUUCAAGAACGUUUCACUGAUUACAAGGAACUGAAAGACUUUUGAGAGCUGCAUCUCACAGGAAGUCAACAUGCCAGCUGCAGUUGUAACCGCGACGGACCUGGAAAACAAUAUCCGCACUCUGUCACAGACAAAGCGAAUACGAGUCACAGAAUUUUUCCAAGACUUUGACAAGCUCCGUUCAGGAUUUAUUUCAGACCAGCAGUUUUUCCGAUGUUUAUGGCUAACCCUAGGACUCCAGCUUGAUGAUGAACAAGCAAAUAUUUUGCGACAAAAAUAUGACUUAAAACGAGAUCAACGGAUGCACUAUAAGUCUUUCUGUGAGGAAAUAGAGAAAAACUUCAAUCCUGGCGAUCUAACAAUUUCUCCACAUUUGCAGAAAAAGGAGGCUCCUGAAUUUUUGGGAACCAAGCGAUCUGUGCGGCCAUUGAGUCCUCAGACAGAAGAUAAAAUUCUGAAGCUCCUCUAUCGAAUGCAACAGUUCUAUCAGUACCAUGGGAUCAAUCUGAGGACUUGCUAUGAGGACUUUGACCGCCAUCACAUGGGUGUAGUCACUGAGAGUCAGUUUUACCGAAGUUUUCCUGGUCCCCCAGAUGUCAAUGACAAUGAAAUGAGUAUGUUGGUGAUGAAGUAUCGGGAUCCUGACAAGCCAGGUCUCCUCAACUAUCUCAAUCUGCACCACGACAUUGUGGCUAUUGGACAGAAACUGACCGAGUCUGUCAGCAGCGUCCUGGACAGAAAUGUGGAUCUCGUGCCAUUGCUGCCAAAUGUGGAUCCAGCUCUCAGCAUGAUCUUUGACAAGAUCAGGGUGGCAGUGUUUAAAAACGGGAUACGUACACCAGAGUUUUUUAAGGAUCAUGACAAGCUGAGGAGUGGUAUCAUCACAGAAAAUCAGUUUGUGUGUGGCCUGGCUCUGGCAGUAGGGAAGGAGGCCCAGCUUUCACGUGCCGAGAUACAGAAGGUGGUGGAAUAUUACAGACAGCCAGAUGGACGAGUCCAGUACCAGGAGUUCUGUGACAUGAUGGAAAAUGCAUUUAACAUUCCACAUUUGGACAAGAAACCACUUCAGAAUGUUGUGCGACCAUUAAAGGGAACAUUACAUAGAGGACUGAAACCUUUGUCUGACGAACAAGAAGCCAGGAUCAGGGUCAUCCUUGGGGAAAUCUCAGAGCAGGUCAAGAGGCGACGACUCAUGAUGUAUCCAUACUUCAAGGAUUAUGACCGGGGUAUUGCCUACACCAGGGUGGUCACUAAGACUCAGUUUGGACGUAUCCUCCAUUUCCUUAGCCUUAACAUAGCAGCUGAGGACCUGAAAUUAAUCUGUUUAAAGUUUGAGGACCCAGCAAGUGGUGACGUCAACUAUCCCGCAUUUGUUCAGGCAGUUGACCAAGAAUUUGUUGGGCACACUUUGGAUGAUGCAAAUAUGAUGGAUAAGAAUCGUACCAACACACCAGUGCCUUCCAAACCGGUCAGUGCUACAGACAGCAACGUCAGCUAUGAGGACCUCAUGUCCAGGAUCAGACACAUCGUCCUCACCAACAGACUCCGGGUGAUUGAGUACUUCCAGGAUUACGACCCCUUAAGGAGUGGCUCCAUCAGUAAGAGCCAGUUUAGACGGGGCCUGUCCCUGCUGGGUCUCAGUAAGCUGGGACAGCAUGACCUGCUGGAUCCCCAAUAUCAGGUUCUAAUUGAUUAUUACCAGAACCCAGUCAAGGAAGACCAGGCCCUCUGGACCAAAUUCACCUAUGAUAUUGAAACAGUUUUCACACAGCCAGGACUGGAAAAGGAGCCAACCUACCAGGUCCCCCCUGUGGACAUGUUCAGGGUCCCCAAACCUGGGAGCAUUGACUGGACCAAUGCCACAGAGGACCACAAGACCCUGUUUGAGAGCACUAUGGAGAGGCUGAGACAGAGAAUUAACCAACGUAGGGUAUUGGCCAAACCAGUAUUCCAGGAUUUUGAUAGACACAACAAUGGUCACGUGACUGUGGCCCAGUUCCGACAGUGUCUCACCAUGUUGGAGCUACAUUCCACAGAAUCAGAAAUGGCAGCCCUGGAAGCAAAGUUUUGUAAUGAUGUUGGCUUCAACUACUUGGCCUUCCUCAAUGAGCUCCAGCCCAUCAUAUCUCCAAAAUUCAUGUACGAGACUCGUCUUGAGGAACUGCGCCUAACCAACAAGAAAACAAAACUACCAGAAACCAAUUCUGCAAAAGAUUUGGAGGAAGUUCUCAUGAAAGUGAAAACAAAGGUGAGCAAAGAGCGUAUUCGAGUGAUAGAGUUCAUGAGGGACUAUGACAAGCUAAGAUCUGGCAGAAUGCUGAAAACAUCAUUCAGGAGAGCUCUGGAUCUGUGUCGCUUUGAGCUGAAGGAGAGUGAGGCCUCUAUACUAGAAGACAGAUACCAGACCUAUGGGGAUGCUGAAUAUGUUGACUACCUGAGGUUCUGUGAUGAGGUGGAGUCCAUUUUCACCUUUAAGGAGCUGGAGAAGGCUCCCCUACAGAACCCUGUUCAGUUCAAACCUCCCCAGGAGUGGGCCCUCAACAAACUGGAGGGAGAUGCUGAAAUCAAGUGGCAAGCCUGCAUGAACAGAAUAGCCGAGAAGGUAAGGAAACACCAGAUGCAGUUAUUCCCAUUGUUUGAGGAUUAUGACAGGGUCCACAAUGGGACGGUGUCAAGGUCACAGUUCCGUAGAGUACUCAGCGAGCUGGAGCUAGGCAGCCUUGUCAGUGAGCAGGAAUUUGAGUUACUGUGGUUCAAAUUUGACGUGAAGAUUGGCGGCAAGGAUGAUGUUGAUUAUACUGCUUUCUGUGAAAUGAUUUAUGAGUUGGCUAAAUUUGAAUGGAGGAAGCCAUGAUGAAACUAACAAACUGUAAGAAGAAUUAAAAAAUUAAAAACAAUUUCAAAAACAUUUAAGACUGAAAAUGAUACUAGGAAUACACGUACAAUAAAAAAAUGAAAGUGGAUGAUGAAGAUAGGAUUUGGAGAGGUAAACUUGGUGUACCCUCAUUGUUAUCUGAGCCUGGGAUCUGCAAACAGACAAUAUGUUGGAUAGGAUAAAAACUGUUAUAUGUAUUUAAUUAUUUCUCUGUGAAGUGCUUUCAACUGCUUUCUAUUUUACAUGUUGUCAAAAAUAUAACAAAUUGAGAAUGUCUGUAGUAUGUUUUGUGGUUCUCUGGAUGAGAGGGAUUUAAUUCUUAAGCAGCAAUA